AUCACUUCGAUCUACAACUCCUUCUCAUCCACUAAAAUGGCCUUUAAGUUUGUCAUCCUCGCCUGCUUCGUGGCUGUGGCGCGAGCUGGACUGGCUCCAGCAGCUGUCGCCGCCCCUGUGGUAGCGGCCGCACCCGUAGCCGCCAGGCUGGAGGAGUUCGACCCUGUCCCACAGUACAACUUCGGAUACAAUGUAGCCGACUCCCUCACUGGUGACUACAAGAGUCAGACGGAACAGCGUAACGGCGACCUCGUUCAAGGACAGUACUCCCUGGUGGACUCCGAUGGCACGCGGCGUGUGGUGGACUACACUGCCGACUCAGUGAACGGCUUCAACGCUGUGGUGCGCAAGGAGCCGCUGGUGGCCGCCGCGCCCGCCGUUGUCGCCGAGCCCGCCGUGGUGCCCGCCCGUCUUGCCGCCGCUCCCGUGGCCGCUGCCCCAAUCGCCGCCGCGCCGGUCGUGGCUGCCAGAUACGCAGCUGCCCCUGUAGCCUACACUGCUGCGUACGCCCCCGCGGCUAGGCUGGCAUACCCCGCGCCGGUGGCCGCCGCCUACACGUCAUCUUUCGCGCGGUACGCAGCGGCUCCCUUCGCCUACCCUGCUGCUGCACCCAUCGUAGCCGUUUAAACAUCUGCUACCCGUUUCCUAAUGACUGACAACUAUGGCUAAUACAAUUUUUAAAUGAUA